AUGGCAGAACGACCUAGUGAGCGGUUGUCAACUCCAUGGCAGAUUGGGACGGACGUUGUUCGACACGAAUGGACUAAAGCGCCGGUGCAACAGAAACUACCAGUCUCGGCCUUUUACUCGAAGAAAGACCGAUUGACACACGAGUUCUUCCAGAACGCGCGACUUGUGAUCAAGAAACCGGGUGGAUCGGAAGACGAAGCAGACUAUAAAGGACAGUAUCGAAUUUGGCCGGGUCUGUUGCUGCUAUUCGUGCUUGUCUCGGGCGCUACGUGUCUGAUUAUAGCAGGAGCGAUGAAGACAUCAGAAGCGCUUGCAGCACGAGCAAUGCAAUACGAGCAACAUGUAUCAGGGAAACGAUCCAUUAAAGACGGCAAGAUCGAUGACAGCAUUCUCAUCUCGGACGACGGUCAAGUGGGCAACCCCAAGUCGUAUGACACUAGCGUCACCUGUGAAAUGCCCGACUAUCAGAGCAAAAACGGUCAAAUCGUAGCGGUUUCUGCCAAUGGUACCGAGAUAGCAAUUCAGAUCAAAGGUGUUAAUUGGUUUGGUAUGGAGACAGCGCUUGCAGUACCAUUUGGUCUCUGGGAAAACGCAGAAAACGGAACAACAGCAUACGAGAUCGCCGCGUUCUUAGCACGCAACAAUUUUAACGCAGUGAGACUCCCGAUUUCUGUCGAGAACUUGCUGAAUAACAAUCCACCUCAAAAAGGUGUGAUCAAUCUCGGAAGCAAUCGUGCAAUUAAUGGAACGGAUUUCAUCUCGACCUUACAGACAAUUAUCAAGUCGCUUGCGUACCGGAAGAUUGGUGUGCUAAUAAGUAUGCACCGCUUAACGAACAAACAGUCCGGUACAACAUGGUUUGACACUGACCUCGGUGUCUCGGAAGAUGAUUUUUUAAAUGCCAUUGAUAUCGUAUCGUCAAACCUUUGUGGACAAGACUAUUGGAACGUAAUGGGCAUUGAUUUAAAAAAUGAACCGGAAGUUGCAACGUGGGGAACGGGUGAUGACGAUGAUUUUGUCAUUGGGUGUGAGAAAAUUGCCAAGGUAAUGCAUGGAAAGUGUCCCCAAUGGCUUGGUUUCGUUGAGGGUGUCGUGUCUGUCCAUAGUAUUACGAUUGAGAAGGAAGAACUGGAUUACUAUGAUUGGUGGGGAGGUGGAUUGCAGAAAGCAGGUCGUAUGCAACCCGAGUUUACUAUUGCAAACAAAUUAGUCUGGGCUCCUCACUAUUAUACAACUGCUGUAGCACCUCAACGAUAUUUCUAUGGUAAUGGAACAACAUCAGACUUUUCAACGUAUGUGGAACUAUCCGAGAAAGACCUUCAUGAACGAGUGGAAGGUACGAUGGAUGAUAUGUUUGGAUAUUUAGUAAAGGAGAAACAAUACGCAUUAGUCCUUGGAGAGUUUGGUGGUUUAUAUACAAAAGAUGCUCAUCCAGAGCAAACAACAAAGCGUACAACGGACUUGACCGUUCAAAUCUUAAUGGAACAGGAAUAUGCGGGUGGAUUUAUGUGGUCAUUAAACCCAGAGAGCAAAUAUGACUAUAAUGCAGCUGAUACAAAAGGAAGAUUCACGGAAGGAUUGUUACUUGAUGAUUGGUUAUCACCAAACGAUGCUUUUCUCAAGGCAUUUACACCAAUGGAUACAAUGUCAAAUUUACGAAAAUUUCCAUGUUUUUCGAUCGAGAAAGACGAAUGA